ACGCUUUGCAGUAUUUUCUAAUUAUGUCAUGCAUCAAAAACACGAAAUGACGACAAUGUGAAUAAUUGGCUAGUGGUUUUUUAAUCGAGUAGUUUUUGUUAAAAAAUAGCAAAAUUGAAAUAAAUGAAUCUAUUUUAAAAUAAAAUCGUUUCAGUAGGUGUCUAAAUUUAGAUAUCGAGUUUAACUCAAGUUACCAAAGAUAAGUGUUCUCAUUUUAAAAGUUGACUAAUGUGUUAAGUAAACUUUGACUGAAAUGUCGUAUCCGCCGCCUCAAGGACACCAGGGCCCAUACCCAUCCUCCUACAACGCUCAGUAUCCCCCAGCCCCACCCCCGGGCUAUGCAACCCCAAACGCACCGGGGCCAUACGGUCCUCCCCCGGCGUACGGACCAGGGGGUUACCCCCCUCCAGGAGGAUACCCUCCACCCGGCCCUGGAGGGUACAUGGGACCCCCCAUCACAAAUCAGCCGAUGGCCCAAGGUGGACCCCCAGGUACAUGGAUGAGUCUGCCGCAAGGGAUUCCCAAUUGUCCUCCAGGACUGGAGUACCUUACUAUGAUUGAUCAACUACUGGUCCACCAAAAAGUUGAAGUCCUCGAAGCCUUGACUGGAUUCGAGACAAAAAACAAGUUCACAAUAAAAAACAGCCUCGGCCAGAAGGUGUAUUACGCUAAAGAGGAUUCCGACUGCUUGACGAGGAACUGCUGCGGCCCGCUGCGGCCGUUCGACAUGAACAUCUUGGACAACUACAAGAACGAGGUGAUACACCUGCACCGGCCGCUGGCGUGCGAUUCGUGCUGCUUCCCGUGCUGCCUGCAGAGCAUGGAGGUCUCGUCUCCGCCCGGCACCAUCGUGGGCAGCGUCGAGCAGGAGUGGAGCAUCUUCUGCCCGACGUUCGCGAUCAAGAACGCCGGCGGCGAGACCGUUUUGCGGAUCGAGGGGCCGUGGUGCACGAUGAGCAUCUGCGGCGACGUCGAGUUCAAGAUAAUGUCGGCCGAUGGCAGCGUGCAAGUCGGCAAGAUUUCCAAGCAGUGGUCGGGACUCAUCAGGGAGAUGUUCACCGAUACCGACUACUUUGGGAUCACCUUCCCCAUGGACUUGGAUGUGAGGAUGAAGGCAGUUAUGCUCGGAGCGUGCUUUUUAAUUGAUGCUAUGUUCUUCGAAAAGGCCAAAAGUGGAGGUGAAACUGCUGCUUCUGCUAUUUAAAUUUUUAUCUACAAAUAUAUACAAUAAAUAACAUAUAUUUUUGAAACGCAUAAAUUAUAUAUAAAUAUAAACGUAUUACACACAAUAUAAGUAUAAAUACUG